GUAAGGCACGGUGUUUUUGUUGUUGGUGCAUGGGCCCGGGUCCGGAGAUGGUUUUUUCGAUUCGGCUGGCUAACGUUGACGGACGCAAUGUUUGCUCAUUCUUUUCAAUCAUAUCGAUGGUACCGAUGGUGGUGGUGGUCCUUAUAUGGUACACACUAAAAUCGCCAAUCAAAACCAUGGAAAGCAGCGCACGGUUAUGAUCUCUGGUUUUGUUUAUAUACUUGGAUCCGUGUGCAAUGUUUUCUACAGUGGCAUGAUGCUCGUCGCUAGGCAACACACUCGCGCCUGUACUUUUUGAAGGGAUUCAUCCGUUCCUCCCAAUUCAUCGGUGGCAUGGCUGCUCUCUCGAGGGUCGUGUGGCGGCUGCUGAUGCUGCUGCUGUUCGGAGGAUGGAUUUUGAUGUGGGUGAUGCGACCAACCUCCGCCUACUCCAAGUUCUGGCAGUCGUUCACGAAGGAUACCACAACGAAAGCUUAUGGAGUCGCAGGGUCCUUCACACUUUUUUAUUCGGCUCCCGUCGUCAUCUUGGCUGUGGUUGGUGCGAUUUAUCUUCAGCUUUCCAAAGACGACAGCACUAGGAGGAGGGAUGGAGUGCGAGUAAAUCCAUUUUCUUUCCCUGCUGUAGUUCGAGGACCACUUGCAGUUGCCUCUGCGGCGGAGCUUACAUGCCUCGUUCUCUUCGUGGCUCUUCUCGUGUGGACACUAUCGGAGUACUUGAGCACAAAGUUUGCUAAAAUCACUCCUGCUUAUCUGCACAAGCACCAGUUAAAACUAUGGGAAAGAAAAUUGGAGAUGGUUGGAACGAAUUUGGGACUCGUCGGCAUUGUCUGCCUUGCAUUCUUGUUCUUUCCAGUUGCUCGAGGCUCGGUGUUUCUUCGUUUGUUGAAUGUACCCUUUGAGCACGCGAUUAAGUAUCACAUAUGGAUUGGACACAUUAUGAUGGUGAUUUGGACAGUUCACGGACUGGUUUUUGUGAUCUUCUGGGCUGUCACUGGCAAGAUGACAGAGCUUGUUCAGUGGAAGAAAACAGAAAUAAGCGGCCUUUCUGGAUUGUUUGUCUACAUUAUCGGCGUGAUUAUGUGGAUGACAUCUCUUGGCCCAGUUCGAAAGAAGAAAUUUGAGCUUUUCUACUACACACAUCAGCUCUAUAUUGUAUUCAUUUUGACCUUUGCAUUACACGUUGGAGACAGGUUAUUCUGUGCGGUUGUGGGUGGCAUCUUGCUGUUUCUGCUGAAUCGGUUUCUGAGGUUCAUACAGUCACGCAGAAUCGUAGACGUCUUAUCAGCUCGAAUGAUGUCUUCGGAAACGAUGGAACUCACUAUUGCAAAGCAUCCGAGUCUCGCAUAUAAUCCGGCAAGUUUCAUUAUGGUGAACUUCCCUGUCGUGUCUCCACUGCAAUGGCAUCCCUUUACCAUCGUAUCUUCGUCCAAAGUAGACACGGAGCAUCUUUCGCUUUUGAUAAAGUGUUACGGAGGCUGGACGCUGACACUCAAGGAGUACUUAAAGAACGCCGACACAUCGCAUAUAGUAGAGGCUGCUGUUGAAGGGCCAUACGGCCACGACAUGAGCUACGUCGCUCGCUACGACGUUCUGAUUUUUGUCGCCGGGGGCAGUGGAAUUUCACCAUUUAUUUCCAUUAUAAAGGAGCUCCUCUAUGAUAUUGAAAACCAGAAAGUUUUGGCACCUGAGGAGAUCAUUCUUCUCUGGGCCGUGAAAAAGUCCGACGACCUCUCUGUCCUACAGCUCAUAACACCGGACUUUGCUAGCCGGUUCAAGAUCGACGUCCAAGUUUAUGUCACCCGAGAGGAUGGCCCCGAGUUGGAGAAGCCUCAGACGACAGCAAGCACCAUCAUUUUCAGCACCCGAAAGUCUCAACCGAGGAGCAUAUCUGGGUCCGAGGGGAUCCAAAAUGGGAUUCUCCACGCAGCGCUGGUGUUGGCAUCUUCGGCAGGCUUCCUGUUCGUCAUUGGCAUCCUCGAGAGAUUCGUCGUGUAUCCGGUCGACCACAACACCUCGGACUUGUUUUCUCGCUCGCUGGGUGGUCUUUUUGGAUACAUAGCAACCGUGAUUGGCGUCGUUGUCUUUGGUGGAGGAACUCUGGCCCUUUGGAAUCGGCUGGCAAGAAGGGACAAAGGCGUGAACAAGAAGCCCGAGAGGAUGCUUUCAACAAUAUCUAGCCAACCGACUCAUCCUUCGCAGGUCCACUAUGGGAGUCGUCCACAUCUUCCAGAUGUGUUCCAUGCGUAUGCGAAGCGACUGCAGGGAUCCAAAGUUGGAGUUUUUGCGUGUGGACCUGUAGAGAUGCAACGCACGGUGGCUACGCAGUGCCAGGCACCGAGAUUUAGUUAUCAUCCAUUAAACUACGACCUGUAAUACAGGUACCAUAUUUUUUACACUUGGGAAUCUUUGAGACCCGUUUUGCAGUGUCUCAAAGUUACAGAAAACGGUCUAUAGAGCCUUGCCUUUAUCCAGGCUGAUAGUGGAAGCGUUAAGUAUGAUAAUUCUAUUCCUUUUUCUAGUUUUUUUUGUUUUAAACGACUUGUAUUGUUCUAGCGAAA